UCAAACAAAAUGAAAAGCCCAACAUAAAAUAAAAUUUGAAAUGCAAAUUAAUUUAUCUGAAGCUAAGCCCGGCCCAGCCCAGCCCGACCAAGCCCAACCCAAUUAAACCAAAAUGAAAAUAGAAACUAAACAUAACUCUCCGCCCCCACCUCACACCGCCGCUGCAACCGGAGAAAAAAAACGCCACCCACCAAUCCCCCAUUCCCGAAACCGCCACCAUGGACCACCACAACACACGGCGGAAGAAGCAGAAACUGUCACCGGAAUCCCAAUUCCGAUCAACACUCGACCAAUGCUCCAAGACGAAAGACCUCACCGCCGCCAUCUCUCUCUACGAAUCGUCCCCUUCUCCAACCCUCACCCUCGGCAACCUCAAUUCCUUCCUCUACAUCUGCUCCAACUCCCUAUCCGACCCGGAAACCCGACAGCCCGCCAUCGAAUUCGGAUUCAAGCUGUUCCACCACCACAGCGACGGCGAUAAUUUCAAGCCGAACGAGGCGACCCUCACCGCCCUGUCCCGCCUGGCCGCCGCCAGAGGCGACGGCGACUACGCGUUUGAACUCGCGAAGAGCGUGAAGAAAUACGGGGUUGCGCCUAAGCUCAGGACCUUUUCCCCGGCGCUGAUUUGCUUCUGCGGCGGAGCUGCGGCGGCGGCGGACAAGGCGUACGAAGUGGAGGAGUAUGUUGAAUCCGUUGGGCUGCAUUUGGAGGAACCCGAACUAGCAGCAUUGUUGAAGGUUAGUAUCGAGUCGGGGAAAGAGAAGAAGGUUUACGAGUAUUUACAUAAGCUCCGAGCAACACUAAGAGAGGUUGACGAGUCGACUGUUGCAAUUAUCGAGAGUUGGUUUAGCGGUAAAAAUGCAGCUGAUGUGAGUGUAGUUAGUUUAGACAGUGAUCGUAUUAGGGAAGCCAAUACGAGAAACGGGGGUGGAUGGCAUGGACUAGGGUUUCUCGGAAACGGGGAGUGGGCCCUACAGAGAUCGAAAAUAGCCUCGUAUGGACAGUGCUGUGCGUGUAACGAGCAGUUGGUUUGCGUUGAUACUGAUACGGAAGAAACUGAGAAGUUCGCUCAGUCGGUUGCUUCUUUAGCCAUGGAAAGAGAACUCCAUUCGAAUUUUAAGGAAUUUCAGGAUUGGCUGGAAAAACAUUCCGAGUACGAAACUGUGGUGGAUGGAGCAAAUAUUGGGCUGUAUCAGCAGAAUUUUGCGGAGGGAGGUUUUAGUGUUACACAGCUUGAUGCUGUUGUGAAAGAAACACAUAGCAAGAGCAAAAAAUGGCCACUUGUUGUGAUGCACAAAAAACGUGUGCGCUCGAUUCUUGAGGAUGCUUCUAAAAGAGAGCUGAUUGAGGAAUGGUUGGAUCAAGGAGUGCUGUAUGGAACGCCGUACGGAUCAAAUGACGAUUGGUAUUGGCUUUACGCUGCUGUGAAAUUGAAGUGUUUGCUAGUAACAAAUGAUGAAAUGAGAGAUCAUAUUUUUGAGCUAAUCGGUAGCAACUUUUUCUCGAGAUGGAAAGAAAGACAUCAGGUCAGAUACACAUUCACGAAGGGGGGUGGUCUAAAACUUAUCAUGCCACCUUCGUAUUCUUUGGUCAUCCAGGAAUCCGAGAAGGGAUCUUGGCACGUACCUAUAGCAGGAGAAAUUAGCGACGAGUCUUCAAGAACUUGGCUAUGUGUGACAAGAUCGGGAUCUAUUGACGCUGAAGAAGUUUCCGGUAAUCUGAUAAGGAAUGGUAGUAAUAAUACUUCCUAGAUUACGAAAAUUCAUUCUUUGCUAGUGAAAGAGGAAAUUUCACAAUUGGACCGACAUGGUUAGAAGUAUUUUAAAAAAAAUGGGUAUUUCGUGUAAUCAAAUGUAUUCAUUGAGGUUUUUUAUCCAACUUUAUAUACCUUCCUGUAUUUU